AUGGGUAACCUACCUACAGCCAGGGUCACGGAAUCUCGGCCAUUCACCAAUGUGGGAGUCGAUUAUUGCGGACCUUUCUUCAUAAAGGAAAGAAAACAUAGAAACCUCAAUCGGGUCAAGGUCUAUGUUGCAGCUUUCGUCUGCCUCGCCGUAAAGGCGAUCCAUUUGGAGCUCGUCAGCGAAUUAACAACUGAGGCUUUUCUGGCGGCCCUCAGACGGUUUAUCGCUAGAAGAGGAUUUUGUACGGACCUGUAUUCGGACAACGGUUCCAAUUUCGUUGGGGCAAACAACGAGUUACGUGAACUGCGCUCACUACUACAGUCCGACGAUCAUCGCGAGAAGGUCACCACCUUUCUCGCAGAACCGCCAUCAACUGGAACUUCAUCCCUCCGUUGA